AUGAUUAAAAAGGCUCUAUGGUUGGUUGUAGUCAUUCUUACACUCUGUGAAAUAAGUGCCUACAAAUACCUGGUAGUGAGUCCGAUACCAUCUAAAAGUCAUUCAAUAUUGGGAGAUGCUCUGGUCGAAUACUUGGCCGACGCUGGACAUGAGGUCACGUAUAUUACAGCGUUUACACCAGAAAAAGUAUCACCUAGAGUAACUAUUAUCGACACUAGCGAUCAUAUAAGGAAUUUCCCUAUAGACGCCACAUUCAAUUUAAAGUCUUUUAUGGAUGGAACAGUUACUACUAAUAAUUUCAUGACGUUUGCACCACUGAUGUUGGAAAUCAGCAGAGCUACGUUGGGGAACUCGAAUGUCCGCAAACUCUUGGCUGAUGAAAACCAACGAUUUGACGCUGUGAUAGCUGAAUGGAUGUACAACGAAGUAUAUGUCGGAUUUGCAGGAGUUUUUAACUGCCCAUUAAUUUGGUUUUCCUCAAUAGAACCACAUUGGAUGGUGAUGCAAUUAAUAGAUGAGAUCCCCAAUCCUGCUUAUUCUACCGACAUGUUGACAGCUGACAGUAUUCCUCCUCUGACAUUUAGACAACGAGUCGUCGAACUUUAUACACAAAUCGUGGGUAGGCUUGCCCAAACAUUUUGGCUUUCUGGACUUGAACGUGAUGUAUACAAUGAGUAUUUUGUACCUUUUAUUCGAGACAGAUAUAACACUGUGCCUCCAUUUGAAGAACUGAGGUACAAUGCUUCUUUAAUGUUGUGUAACUCCCAUCUAUCGAUGAAUACUCCUAUAAGAUUGCCAGCUAACGUUAUCACUAUAGGAGGAUAUCAUAUCAAACCUAACAUAAAACCAUUACCUGAGGAUCUACAGACACUUAUGGACAACUCCAAGGAUGGCGUAAUAUAUUUCAGUAUGGGCUCUAAUUUGAGAAGCAAACAUUUCCCAGACGAAGUCAAACAAAGUCUCUUAAAAAUGUUUGGCAAAUUAAAACAGAUUGUCUUAUGGAAAUUCGAAGAGGAUUUACCCAACCGACCCAAUAAUGUGCAUAUUGUUCAGUGGGCUCCACAACAAAGUAUUUUAGCACAUAAGAACUGUAUAUUAUUUAUCACACAUGGAGGUCUACUCUCGACCACUGAGACGGUGCAUUUUGGAGUACCCAUAAUUGGAAUACCAGUUUUUGCCGAUCAAUUCGUAAACGUAGGAAGAGCUGUUAAAAAAGGAUUCGCUCAAAGAGUCGAUUUAUCUUAUUCGUUAGCUGCGGACAUAGAAAAGGCUAUUAGAAAUGUACUUGAUAACCCAAGUUAUACAACUAGAGUGAAAGAGCUAUCCGCAAUAUACCACGAUAGAACCGUGCCACCUGCUACAGAACUAGUUCACUGGGCGGAACAAGUUGUGAAGACGAAAGGAGCGAGACAUCUACGCUCUCCAGCGUUUAUGAUGCCCUGGUACCAGAAGAUGUACUUAGAUCUUAUUUUAGUUUUACUAGUAGUUUUAUUAAUAUUUUAUAAAAUAAUAAUAUUUUUUAUUAUAUCUGUAACAAAAAGAGUUAAUUUUAUCUUAUAUUUGCAUUUCCCAUGUAAUGUGUAUGAGUAUGGUUCAAUAAUUUUCUCCUAA